AUUACAAUUCUCGAGUUGCUCAGGAACAAACGAAACAGAAGAAAAUGACACCGAGGAGAUUAGUUGCUGCAUCCUUGCUGCUGGUCUCUCUGAAGACGGCCCCGCUGAGCGCGUGGGUGCCCAUGGCAACGCCCAACAAUGAUUUCACAACCACGGCUCUGUAUGCCAAAGAACAAGCUCCACCGAAACGGCGAUUUGCGCAAGCUAGAACUACAAAGCAGCCUUAUGCAACGGAUUCAAAGCUUGGCUCGAUGCACAAAGAAAGAAUUAAAACAGCUGGUCGAAAGGGGACAAAGAAGUUUGUUGACCCUUGCAAAGUAUUCGUUGGAAACCUCCCGUUCGAUGUCGACAAAAACGACCUUGCACAAUUUGUAUUGGACACAAUGGGACAAAACCGGAUGAUAUUGCACUCCUUUAAGGUAAUCGAAGAUUGGAAAACAGGAAAGAGCAAGGGUUAUGGAUUCAUAGAAUUUACCGACCCGAUUUUUGCCACCGUGUGCAUGGACGUAUGUGACGGUAAGAUGUUGAAUGGACGACCGGUUAAAAUUUCACAAGGAAAGAAGAGAGACAAAGAAGAUCAAGUUUUCGUCAACAAAAAGAGAAAGAAGGCCGAAACUGACGAAGAUAAGGCCAUAUCAAGCGCGCUAGACGAAGCAGAAGAUGAUACCGAAGAACUUGAAAUCGACGACGACGGAGUUGCAAUAUUCGAUGACAUCAAUGACGAUGACAUCGAACUUGAUGCUAUGCUUUUUGGACUGGAUUUGGAUGACGACGAUGAACAGGACGACGGAGUGUUCCUGGAGCGAGGGUCCAAAUACGAAUACGACGAUGAUGAAAAUCUGAAUAGAGAACAAAGAAGAGAUGCUGCUCGAAGGCGUAAGAAGAAGAAGCUGCCGUCAAAGGGAUUUGGGUAAAACCAAAAGGAUAAAGCCACCGCAAAAUGUUCAAUGUGACGAGCAGCAAGCUUUUGUGAUGGAAAAAUGAAAGAAUUUGUAUUUUCUAUGAUCCUGAAGUCUACCUAMUCAAUUUGAGUAGCACAUGGAAAUGUAGGCUCAAGAUCUUAUUUUGCGACUUUUUAAAAUUUGGGUUGCAUACAAGAAUAGAGCGAUAGAUCUUUGGCGGGUAGUUAGAGAUAACAGUAAGAGUACUCCACAGUAAAACCGAGUAAUGUUC